AUGAGUAACUGCGGCAGGAUGUUCGGGAUGUGGUGUACCAACUGUUGUCAGGGCCUCUGGUCCGCCAUCAAGGCCCCGCAUCUCUAUUUUGACAGUGGUUGGGAGGCCUCGCGCCAGUUUCUCUUUUCUCUCAUCUUCUUCUCCCUCGCCCUCUCCAAAGUCCUCCACGUCUACGCCCUCAGCUACUACCUGGACUUCCACAAAUUCCUCGCCUACGGCCCCACCUUCUUUCUCCCCGAGUUCGCCCUGAUCCUGUUCUCCCGCGGACUGACCGCCAAGUUCUCAUGGCGGACCAUCCGCAUCGUCGCGGCCCUGUUUAUCACGGCUUUCAGUCUCUACCUCCUCCCCCUCACCGCUGCCAACACCGCCCUUUACCUCUACCAACGGAGGGAGAUCCACUGGGGCCCAGUGGCCGGAUUCUUCGGAGACAUGAUUACCCCCGAGUUCGUCAUCUGGAACAUCGUCCUGUCCAUUGUCGUGGGCGUGGUCAUGGUCGUCACCGCCUAUUUCCUGGCCGCCCGCGUGCACGAUCGCGUCGGCGCCUUCGCCCUGAUCUGGAUGUCCUCCGUUGCCGGUGUGGUCCGCCACUGCCGCCGCAAGAAGGAACCCUUGCCGGACCCGGCCAUCUACGAGCAGAUCGCCAUGAACGACUACGAGGAUGACAAGAGCGACCGGAGCGACAACGAGUCCGUCUUGCUGCCCACCCCGCCGCGGGAGACCGCCGCCCAGCCCGAGACCACGCGCCCCGGCUGGUCCAUCGCGACCCGGCUGGCCGUCAUUCUGGUCACCCUGGCCGUGCUCGUCGUCCGGAUCAUCCGCCCGACCGAUCGGGCCUACGAGUAUCUCUCCGACCCCCUGCCCGCCGCCCCCUUCGUGCCCGCCCGGUCGCACCCCAUCUUCGAGGGUCUGACCUACCUGCCGGGCGAGUACAGCUGGCUGGGUAACCACACCGCGCUGGACGUCCCUCCGACCUUUGACUGGCUCCCGGAGCAACCGCUGCGCGGCUUCGGGGACUGGUACACCUUCACCGUCAACGAUGCGGGCGAGCGCCUCCCCAAGGAUCGCCCGUCCCUGCAUUACAACCCGGCCAAGGAUCCGCUGCGGGCCUCCAACUUGGACAACGAUAUCCUGGAGCCGCUGCGCGACGUCAUCCGCCGCGGCGAGCUCAAGAUCAAGCACGUCAUCCUCAUGAAGCUGGAGAGCAACCGCCACGACGUCUUCCCCCUGCGGGCCGACUCGCGCAUCAUGGAUCGCGUCCGGGAGUCCUACGCCCCCGGGGAGGUCCCCGAGGCGAUCAUGAACCGCCUCGCUUCCCUCACCCCGACCGCCGAGCGCCUGACGGGGAUCGACACCGGCUUCGGCACGUCCGCGAACCGCCCCGCGCCGCGCGGUGGCAUCACCCUGCGCAACGCCCACACCACCGGCACCUUCACCCUCAAGAGUCUCACCAGCACCAUGUGCGGCCUGACCGCCCUGACCAUCGCCAUGAACCGCGAGUGGCUGUACGACUUCUACCAGCCCUGUCUGCCCCACGUGCUGGCCCUGCUCAACCAGCAGCCCAACAUCACCGCCGCUUCGCCCGACUUCCGCCAGUGGCCGUGGGAGACCCUGUGGAUGAUGUCGGUCAACGGCGGCUACGACUACGCCUCGCAGCUCUUCCCCGCCCUCGGCUUCCAGCAGAUGAUGACCAAGGAAACCAUCAAGGCUGCCGGCGGCGAGUUCGCCCCGAAUGACUCGGAGGACGUCCCCUACCGCGGCUACAUGGACAAGACUCUGAAGAACUACGUCCGCGCCGCCAUCCAGGAUGCCGAGGCUAACCACAAGCGCCUCUUCCUCGGCCACCUCACCGGCGCCACCCACCUGCCCUGGACCGUCCCGGGCUGGAACUACGAGGAGCUCCUCGGCAACACCUGGUUCCCGCUCAACAACAACAUCAACCGCUACCUGAACACCCUGGCCUACCAGGACGGCUGGAUCACUGACCUCAUCGGACUGCUCGAGGAGGCCAACGUCGCCGACGAGACGCUUUUCAUCUUUGUGGGUGACCAUGGCGUGUCGCUGCCCAAUGAUGGCGGUGUCACCCCCAACGCCAGCCCGCACAUCGCCAACGAGCACGUGCCCAUGGUCUUGUCCCACCCGAAGCUGCCGCAGGUCGAGGUCGAAGACCCGGUCCUAUCCAACCAGAUUUUGCCCACCAUUCUGGAUAUGCUCCUCGAAACCGGAUCCCUGAACGACCGCGCCGCCCACGUUGUCGGCGACCUCCUCCCCUUGUAUGAGGGGCAGUCCAUGCUCCGCAAGCAGGCCCCCGAGGUCGGCCGCACUCAGCAGUGGCAGUUCACCACCCUGAACCAGGGCGGCACUUGGCUCUCCGUCCGGUCCCCACUCCGGACCUACCACCUCGUCGUGCCCCUCGUCCAGGACGCCAAGUGGCGCUUCAGCGAUUUCGGCACUGACCCCCUGGAGUUGAACGCCAUCAAGGACUUCGACGUCCUCUCGCUGAUCGCCGUCGUUCGGAGCAAGCACGGCGAUGUCGCCGCCGACUGGGUUGCCGAGGGCGCCCACAUCGCCGAGUGGUGGAUCCGGGACAACCGCCGUCGCUGGAACUACGACGAGGCGAACCCCAAGGAACCAUGA